GAGAAGAAAAUUACAUAUUUCUUAAUUCGUUCCCCCUCUCGGCGUUUUGGGCACCGCUCGCUCUCGAGACGGCACGUACGGCGAUUGAUUGGAGAACGAUCCAGCUUACGGUACCUUCCUCGUGUCACUGCCUCUCUUCUGCCACUCUUCGAGUUCACCCGGAUUGUUCGAGCUCAGAUUUGUGAGAAUGGGAGAGGCAGAUAAUGGCCUAGCUCCAUCCAAGAAGAGAGUUGCUGGAAGACAGCUUACCAAGGAUGACCAUGAUCAACAAGAUGAUGAUACUCCUGACAUGGAGAUAGGCACUUUCAAAAAGGCCAGUGAGGAAGUCAUGGCUACCAGAAGAAUUGUGAAAGUUCGACGCAAUCAGCCAGCACCAGCUGAUUCAUCAAACCCUUUUGCUGGAAUCCGCCUAAUUGCUUCUUCGAAUGCCAGUACAGAUGCAAAAAAUUCCGCUGAGUCUUCUAAAAUUGAUAACACUGCAGCACAACAAGAACAAGAUGAAUCUAAUGAGAACAGUGUUGUUGCAGAUGUUAAGGGAACUGAAAUUGCUGUUAAUUCUGACAAAAUUGGGUGCACACAAGAGAAUGGUGAGAAACUGGAUAAAAUUUCUGAACCAUUAUCGGACACAGUUGACACUAAGAAGGGUGGUCCUGCUCUGGAGGAAGUCGAAUCUGAUGGAACCAGUAAAGCAGAAAGGAUUGACAGGGAGAAAAAAACUAAUGGUGAAUCUGUAAAAGAUGAUCAGCAGGAAGAAAACGUGAUGGAAGCUGAAGAGAUCCAGCAGGAAAACGGAGGGAAAGCUGAAAAUGCAGUUGAAGCAGGCAAUGAAGAAGUUGAGAAAAAUGAUCACAAAGAUGCAGCAGCACCUGCCGCUCCUCUGAGUUCGUUCCAGCAAUUAUCUAGCAGCCAAAAUGCCUUUUCAGGGCUCACUGGAACUGGAUUCUCAACUUCUUCUUUUGCCUUCAGUUCUUCUGUUUCAGGGCUUACAGGAACUGGAUUCUCAAGUUCUUCUUUUGCCUUCAGUUCUUCUGUUUCAGGGCUCACUGGAACUGGAUUCUCAACUUCUUCUUUUGCCUUCAGUUCUUCUGUUUCAGGGCUUACAGGAACUGGAUUCUCAAGUUCUUUGUCCUUUGGAUCCUUAUCCAAGGAAGGAUUCUCAUUCGGAACAUCAGCUGGAGCUACUUUUUCUUUCAAAGAUGAUACAAACUUUGGUCUCGGUACUGGGUCUACAAACUGGGUUUCUUCCUCUCCGUCACUCAGUGCUACACCAGAUACCUCUAAAAGUGUGAAACACUCAAUGCAAGAUGCCCCACUAGAAACAGGUGAAGAAAAUGAGGAAGCAGUUUUCACAGGCGAUGCGAUAAUGUUCGAGUACACGGAUGGUGGCUGGAAGGAAAGGGGGAAGGGAGAACUUAGACUGAAUGUCUCAGUAUCGGAUACAGAAAAGGCGAGGCUUGUGAUGAGGGCCAAGGGCAAUUUCAGACUUAUCUUGAAUGCAAGCCUUUACCCAGACAUGUCCCUCACCGUCAUGGACAAGAAAGGAAUCACCUUCGCUUGUGUUAACAGUGCGGCGGACGGAAAAGAUGGCCUAACCACAGUGGCAGUCAAGUUCAAAGACAGUAGCAUCGUGCAAGAAUUUCACAAAGCUGUGACGGCACAUAAAGCUAAGAAAGCCUCUACCUCAGAACCCACCCAAGAUGCCGAUUAAGCGAUCGGGAGUUUAGGUACAGAUCACAGAAAAGUAUUCCAAAUUCUUGGAAUCCAGACUGACUGUGUCUCACUCUUGCUCUCUUAGAACUCUUUUCGCUCAGUCUUGUUUAAGUCGUUAAACUGUUGCGUUAUUUUUUGUUAGACUGGCCUUGCAACUACCUGGCUUGCUGA